AUGCAAAUCUUUCUACUUUGUACAAUAUUUUUCACCUUUUUCAUAACAAUCAAUGCUUGGUAUUAUGGAAGAGCCGAGCCAAAUGCUUGGACAACUGGUGGCGUUUGGCCUCUCCCAUGGCAGAUCACUUAUUUCCCUGGGAAUCACACUGUGAAUCCGUCACUGUUUCGUUUGCAAGCAAAAACCCCCGGCUGUGACAUCAUCGACAAAGCGAUUCAACGAUAUCGCACGCUCGCUUUCCCCGGCUUCAAUGCUGCAACAUAUCAAGGAGAUCAAGGGACACUCACCUCGAUCAUCAUCAACGUGGCCUCGAGUUGCCCAACCGGUGUCCCGACAUUUGACAUGGAUGAGAGUUAUUCCCUAUCAGUCACCAGCGCAAACGGCAUUGGCAUCAUUCAGGCAAAUCAAGUUUGGGGAGCGCUGCGAGCUAUCGAAACAUUCAGUCAUCUUGUUUUUCUUCCCAAAGAUAAUGUGUACAUGGUCCGCACGGCGAACGUCACCGACAAAGCUCGUUUCCCGUGGAGAGGAAUCAUGGUGGACACGAGUCGACAUUUCAUUCCCGUUGGAACACUUUUGCAAAACUUGGAUCUAAUGGCUCAAAACAAGAUGAACGUCUUUCAUUGGCAUAUCGUUGACUCGGAAGCGUUUCCCUAUCCAUCGAUUCGAUAUCCAGACAUUACAGCAAAGGGAGCUUAUAGUCCAAAGCAUCAAUACACAGUGGAUGAUGUGAAAAAAGUGAUCGACUACGCGAGACUCCGGGGAAUUCGGGUGGUGGCUGAGUUUGAUACGCCUGGCCACACUGGUUCUUGGGGUUACGGUGUGCCGAACCUGGUCUCACAAUGUUAUGACAGCAAUGGAAAACCGUCAAUCCUUCCCAAUAUUCUCGAUCCAACGCUGCAAGCGAAUCUCGACUUCUUGAAGGGUUUCUUUGGUGAAGCUCUUCAAAUGUUCCCCGAUGAGUACAUGCAUUUUGGUGGAGAUGAAGUUUUAGAGGAUAUGACUGAUUGUUGGUACAAUAAUCCGCAAGUUCGUGCAAGAAUGCAGCAACUUGGCGUUGGAUCCGACACCGGAAAGCUGCUCAACUAUUAUUGGCAGAAAUUUUUCGAUAUUAUUGACUCUGUUCGAAAUGGGACAAAGAAAAUUGUCUGGCAAGAGGUGCUGGAUCAAAAUGUGCCGCAAGAAAACACGAUCGCUCACGUGUGGAAGGGAUCAACCCUAUCCGAAGUGUACAGCGAAAUGUACAAUGUGACUAAAGCCGGUCAUUACGCGAUUCUCAGCAGUUGUUGGUACCUAAACUACAUCAAGUAUGGAGCCGAUUGGGGUUAUGUGAACGAAGAGAAUAUGAGAGACCGUGGAAUGUACUAUCAAUGUGAUCCACAGGGAUUCCCCGGUGAUCAAACGCAAAAGGCGGCGAUUUGGGGCGAGUUCGUCGACGCGACGAAUCUCAUCGAUAGACUUUGGCCACGAGCUUCAGCUGUAGCCGAGCGAUUGUGGUCUGAUCCAGCAUUGACGCAAUCCGCUGACGCCGCUUGGCCUAGACUUCACGAAUUUCGUUGUCGUUUGGUUUAUCGUGGUUUUCGUGUGCAAACCAUCAACGAUCCUGAUUAUUGUCCAUAUGAAUGGGAUGAGAAAUAUCAAGAAUUG